AGACGUGUCUAUGAAUAGCGCAGAAAUUUGCAACUCCAAACCCUAGAGGAAAAGAAUACGAGUCCGAAAGAAAGAUGAGGGCUUUAGAUGAAGCAGAAACGACAGCAGUAUUUGAGAAACUAUUCAAAUUCACAGGAAACAAUCUGAAGAACAUCAUUGAGAAACCAUCACAUGAAGGUCCUGAUAAAGAGCCAGGUAGAUACUGUUUCCGCCUUCAGAAGAACAGAGUAUUCUAUGUUAGUGAAUCAUUAGUAAAAAGAGCUACAAAUAUAAGUAGAGAGAAACUGAUAUCGUUAGGUAUUUGUAUUGGUAAGUUUACUAAAGGUGGUAGUUUUCAUUUAACUAUACAAUCAUUGAAUUUAUUAGCUGAUAAUGCUAAACAUAAGGUAUGGUUGAAACCAACUUCAGAGAUGAGUUUUUUGUAUGGGAAUCAUGUUUUGAAAGGUGGGUUGGGAAGGAUUACUGAGAAUACUGUUGCUGGUGAUGGUGUUGUUGUUUUCUCAAUGACUGAUGUUCCUUUAGGGUUUGGGAUAUCAGCUAAAAGUACUCAAGAUUGUAGGAAGUUAGAUCCUAAUGGUAUUGUUGUUCUUCAUCAGAGUGAUAUUGGUGAGUAUUUGAGAAUGGAAGAUGAUCUUUGAAUUAAUUUUCAUUGUUUUUGUUUUGUUUUGUUUUGGGAGUUCUGUGUGGGUUUAGAGAAAUGUAAUCUGGGUUAUUAAUGGAUUUUUCACAUGUUUUCAGGUUUCAAUUUAUGUAUUACACAACGCCCAACUUUAUGUUUACAAUGAAGUGAAUUUUGAUUUUGUUUCAAUAUGA